AUGCGCGCGCUGCCGGCACUGCUCGCGCUAGCUGCCACCGUCGCUGUCGCUGCCUCUGCUGCCUCUGCUGCCGCUACCACUCCUACGCAAGAGCCCGCCGCUGAACCCGCUUUGCUAGUCCUGCGCGCCGCCUGCAUCGCGAACGACCCCAGCGCUUUUGACGAGACCCGGUUGCGCCUCCACGCUGCUAGCACAGGCCGCGCGCACGUUCUACACAAUCGGUUCCAAAUUCUGAGCUACGAAGUUCUUGAGCAAUUUGAGCACUUUUUAAAAACACACUUAGGCAUUGUUUUAUCAUAUAAACACAAAAUAUUAGCAAUGUUUCUUUUUGGCGUUCACAUAAUCGAAGCCGCUUCUAAUUCCCACUUUGAAAUUACACCAGCUCCAUUUUUAAGCUCGAGAGAGCUUGCCCCGACGAAGCUCACUUUGAAACAUCGUAUCUUAGAAACGUGCGGGUCGAAAUGGAGGUCAUCUGUGAUGCGGGCGAUGGUGUCGUCGCUGGGUGGCGGCGCGCCGGUGCUGGUGGCGGGGUGGGCGGAGGGCAGCGUGUGCGACGCGCUGGAGGCGGCGGCGCGGGCGCUGCGUGCGGGGCAAGCGGGGGGCGCGGGGGGAGCGGGGGGAGCGGGGGGAGCGGGGGGAGCGGGGGGCGAGGGGGGAGCGGGGCGGGUACGCGCCUGCGCGGGAUCGAGGCUGCGCGCGGCGUCCGUAGCGUGGCUAGCGGAGCGGCUCCGCUGGCGCCGCGUGCUACUGCUGGCCGCGCCCGACCACUCCGAGUGCGCGGCCGCGCUUCGCGACGUGCGCAGGAGUCUCGCCGCGGCGGGCAUCUCCGUCCGCACCGGGAAGAUCUCCACCGAUGAACUCUCAAACCAUCCGCAAGCGGUGGUGACGUGCGCGUCGCUGCGGGGCGUCGGGACGGCCGCGGGCCCGCGGGGAGCUUGGGGCCCGCCGGGAGCCUGGGGCCCGGGGGGAGCCUGGGGCCCGGGGGACGGAUGGGGCGCGGUCGGGGCACGGCCCACGCUGCUUCUGCUGCACGUCGACGAGCCGCCGCAAGCCUUCACACAAAGCAAUAUCACUCUACACGUAGGAACCUUGCCUUACCAAACGAACUUAUCGCGAGUCCCGUCGACGGCCCGACCGGCGAACUCAAAUUUAUCGUUAUUUUAUCCGAAAUCAUAUAAGAAAAGUUUCCCGACGCCGCUGCCGACCUUCUCGUCCGUAAACAACGUCGCGGCUCCCUAUCGCAAUAAGAGGGCUCGUUACCGAGUCGAAACGUCGCCAUCUAUGACCUCGAAGCCUGUUUUUCGGGGCGAAAACAACGUAAACACGAUAAAAACAGAUACUGUCUCCGAUCCGAUGCGGGGUGAUUCGUAUCUCAUGUACAAGCUGGGGAAAAGAAAACAACCGAGCACCGCCAAAGAGUCCAAGGAUGAGUCCUCGCAGCGGCCGAAGCGCGAAGCGAUCAUUGAGGGGAUAUCCUCCCCGGAACUGAAAGCCCUGGAAGUCCUCGCUUCUCAACUCGACGACACCCUGCAACAUCGAAUUUUGUUUCUCAGUCAACGACGUCUCGAAGUCCCACACCCGAGCCGGUCACUCGCGCAGGAAGCUUACGACGAAAUCCUCGACGCCGUCCAACAGAGCGUAGAAAAGACUGGAACUUACACGAAAGCGAGUAAAGCGUUUUCCUUAUACGAAAGAGUACAUAAAGCGAACAGCGCAGGAACAGGUUGGAGCAGAAUCGCCAUUUUAACAGCCACCUCGAAACCGGACGAGGAUAUGGAGGAAUGGUCUGCGAUCGUGGAGGUGACGAACUCCACGCACAGUUUCGAGCGGCUGAGUGAGGAGCGAGAGGAGGUGGCCGGCUCCGGAGUUUCGGUGCCGGUUUUGGUGUGGAGUAUAGGUUUAGCCGCAGCGGGGGCGGUGGCGCUAGCGCUCGGGUCUCGCUGGGCGGCGACGCGGCGGCGGCGGCGGCGGCGACGCGGGGACGCCGUGCUCACGGCCGCGGAGUUCUCGUUCCCGGCGGACGAGCUGCGGCGCGUGGGCGAGGGCAUGGAGACGAUGUUGUCGUGCUGGCUGCAGCAGCUGCACGAGUUCGGCGGGCCGGAGCUGGAGCGCCCCGACCUGCUCAAGCAGCCGCCGCGCCCGGCGCCAGCUCCAUCCGCGCCCUCCUCCACCUGCAGCAUCAACCGCGUCGCACUCGAUCGACGCACCCGAUACAAGGGUGACGCGGUGUUUAUGAAGUACCUGCCGUCGGCGAGCGCGCUCGAGCUGAAACGGAAGGCAACUGACGUGGUGCUAGUGCUGCAGUCGCUGCGGCACGAGAACCUCAAUCCUUUCAUCGGUUGCCUGUGCGAGGCGCGUCCCGCUCUGGUGUUCGACCACUGCGGGCGCGGCUCUCUGGAGGACGUGCUCAUGGCGGACGAGAUCAAGCUGGACUGGACGUUUCGGCUGUCACUACUGACAGACCUGGUAAAGGGCAUGCGCUACCUCCACGCGUCGCCGCUGCGCGUGCACGGCCGCCUCACCUCGCGCAACUGCGUCGUCGACUCUCGCUGGGUGCUGCGCGUCACCGACUACGGACUGCCGUCGUUCUACCGUGCGCAGGGACUGCCUACACCCGAAAGGUCUUCCAGAGAGUUACUGUGGACGGCGCCGGAACUGCUGCGAGAGUCGAGGGGCGCGGGCCGCGGCUCGCAGCCCGGAGAUGUGUACUCUUUCGCCAUCAUCAUGCAGGAGGUGAUCGUGCGCGGCGAGCCCUUCUGCAUGCUGUCUCUCACUCCCGACGAAAUAGUAGAGAAGGUGUCGCACCCGCCGCCGCUUAUCCGUCCGUCGGUGUCGAUGGGUGCGGCGCCGCCGGAGGCAGUCAGCGUGAUGCGGCAGUGCUGGAGCGAGCUGCCCGACCUGCGUCCCGACUUCCAGCGCCUGCACGAUAUAUUCCGACACCUACACCGAGGCCGUAAAAUCAACAUUGUCGAUUCAAUGUUCGAGAUGCUCGAGAAAUAUAGCAAUAAUUUAGAGGAACUGAUUCGAGAGAGGACUGAGCAACUCGAUAUGGAGAAGAAGAAGACUGAGCAACUUCUUAACAGAAUGCUCCCCAGGUCAGUGGCGGAGCGGCUGAUGCUGGGGUCGCGCGUGGAGCCGGAGGAGUUCGAGGAGGUGUCCAUCUACUUCAGCGACAUCGUCGGCUUCACCGCACUCGCCGCGCGCUCCACGCCCGUGCAGGUGGUGGACUUGCUGAACGACCUGUACACAACGUUCGACGCGGCGAUCGAACAGUACCGCGUGUACAAGGUGGAGACCAUCGGCGACGCGUACAUGGUGGUGGGCGGGCUGCCGGCGCGCACGCGCGAGCACGCGGAGAGCGUGGCCACGAUGGCGCUGCACCUGCUGCACCUGGCCGGCCGCUUCCGCGUGCGGCACCUGCCCGCCACGCCGCUACACCUGCGCAUCGGCCUGCACACCGGGCCCUGCUGCGCCGCCGUCGUCGGCCUCACCAUGCCGCGCUACUGCCUCUUCGGCGACACCGUCAACACCGCCUCGCGCAUGGAAUCCACCGAAGGCAUGUUAAGUUUAGUCGUCGGUCCCCUCGAAGUCAUUAACACCCAUCGAUCUGCACUGGCCCCGCGUGCGAGGUCAUGUUUCAAUCUCUCCAUUCCAACCACAGAAAAUGCUCCAGCAUUAUCAGGCUAUGAUGGCGCGGCGUGGCGCAUCCAGGUGUCGGCGGCGACGGCGGAGCGGCUGUCGGCGGCGGGCGGGUACCGGCUGCGCUCGCGCGGGCUCACGCAGGUCAAGGGCAAGGGCGCCAUGCACACCUACUGGCUGCUCGGCAAGGACGGCUUCGACAAGCCGCUGCCCACGCCGCCGCCGCUCGAGUCAGAGGAGGUAUUGUUCGAGACGGAGUGCGAGAAUGACAGCGAGCCAUCGUCGCUGGCGGGCGCGUCGUCGCCGCCGCCGUCGCUCCCGCCGCCGCAGCUGCCCCCCGCCCCGCGCAACACGCAGGCCAUCGAGCGGCAGCGUUCCGAUCCCUCCUCGGCUCCAGAUAAAUACGCGUGGCAGCGGUCGGGCGCGGUGUCGGCAGACAGCAGCCCCCCUCACACGCCCCACACGCCGCGCGCCCCUCUCGCCCCGCGCGCGCCCUCCGUCGACCACAGCACCUCGUACUCGCGCUACAGAUGCUUGGCGGGCAGCGCGCGGGUGCUGAGACGGCAAUGGUCGCUGGAGCGCGGGGAAGUGUUAGCGGCGGCAGCAGGCGCCGAGACCGGGUCCCGCGCGGUGGAGCUGGUCCCGGUGGGUCCGCGCGCGCCCCCCGCGCCCUCCGCGCCCCCCGCCCGGUACCGCACGCGCCCGGACCCGCCGCCGCCCGAUGAAGACGCGCCGCGUGCGCGCCCACCCUACGUUUCCAUUGGGCGAACGGCCCCCGGGUCUCCCUUCGCCCCGAAGUCCCCCUGGAGCUCGUUCGAGUGCGCCCCGAAUCCGAACAUGAAGUUUCGCACGCCAGCGUCGUUUCGGGAGCGGCGUGCCGUCUCGCGAAGUAAACGCCAAGGCGAGGAUCGUCGAACGUUUCCGAGUAACACACAUGGACACCAAUUUGUACUGGUUGGCGAUAAUGCGCCCGCACAUCGACCUCAACAAGUCAAUGCUGCUCUCCGAGAAUACGAAAUCACAAGGUUAGACUGGCCUGCCGGCUCUCCUGACUUAAACCCAAUAGAGCACGCGUGGAAUGCUCUUAAGCGAGCUGUUUGGAACCGGCAGCCACCACCCCAGAAGGUGCCGCAGCUCAGGGAAGCUGCUGUUCAAGAAUGGGACAGGUUACCACAAGAAAUGCUGGAUAACUUGAUCCUCAGUACUAGGAGGAUCUCCGCAUGUGUUCGAGCCAGAGGAGAAGUUAUUUUGUAUUAG